AUGGUUGGGAUAGAAGAUUUGCCGCAAAAUUUAUUUUACCAAAUUUGUUCCUACCUACAAAUUAGUGACCUUGUUGCUGUGUCUUCUGUGUGCAGACAAUUCAGUCAUUGGUUAGGCCGACAGUCGUACUGGAAAUGGCGGUUACAGAAUCUGUGGAAUGGCCAGUAUCCUUGUUUACCAGAAAAGAUUGUAGAUUGGUCAUCGGUGUGUUUUGAAAGGGAGAAAUGUUUCACAAUCUUCGGUAACGAUUCAUGUGAAUGUUUUCGUGUGUCCAAACUUAACGUUGUUAAUGAAGGCAUUGAUGCUCUACAUAUCCCUUUGAGACAUCCUGAAUUACUUCUCGUGGGUGACAGGGAAAAAGUGGUUUCUAUAUUUUCAUUCAAAAGUGGACUGCUUUCCGAUGCAUGGCACCCCAUAUUCACUGAAAGUAAUAGCCAUUCUGGUUGGUUAUGGACCAUAAAUUCGACAGAUGAUACUGUAAUCACAAGUGGUUGGGAUAGUGUAGUAAGAGUAUGGAAGUUGACAAACUCAGGUCUUGCAUCCCAAUCAAUGUACAAAGUAAGCAGUCCCGUUCUGUGCUCAAGUUUUUUGGAUUCCAAUACAUUAGCAGUUGGUACCCAGGGUCGAUAUGUGUACCUACUGGACCUACGUUCUUUUGAAAAAGAACCACCUACUCCCAUGCGUCAUAGGGGAGCUGUUGUUUGCAUGGAUUCUGUAUACGAAAGUGGUUUAAGUUCGGGUAUCUCAAAUGAGUUCAUCUUCAGUAGAAAUAAUCAUGCGAAUGAUGGUCUUGCUCGCGGUGAUCAUAUGUACGCAGAAUACAGCUCCCAUUCAGACUUAUCGUCUAUAGCAGCUAGUGAAGAAAAUUUCUGUGAAUCCGUAGUUGACCCAUUUGAAAUAGGAAAUCUUAUAUUCGACGAUCGUGCAUCCAUUUCACCAAAAGUGUCUGCAAAGAGUGAACAAGAUAAGAAAAUUAAUUAUAAGCGAGAGGACACAGAGACUUUUGCUGAUAAUCUCAGCCAGUCCCGUAAAUACUCAUUCUCCAAUUUUCAUCUCUUCACUGGGAGCAGCGAUCAACACAUUGCUGGUUGGGAUGUGAGAAAUGCAUCGCGUCCAGUCCAUAAACUCAAAUUGACUAGCUAUCCAAGAAAAAUAUCUCUACUGGAUGAAACUGAAUUAUGGGUUGCUGAACCACCUGAUCGAGUCCACGUAUUCGAUAUUCGUGAUAAUCAGUUAAAUUGUGCAUAUACAAACCAACUACCUGGAUGGGAUCGUGGUUUCGGGGGUAUUAAAGCCACAUCUGGAUGUAUCUUCGUCGCUGGUUUACAUGGCUCUGUUGAAGCCUUUCACCCCACAUGUCCACUACUACCAAUGGGCGAACAACCACUGCAGGAGAAAAUCUUUGCUUCCCCUACCAGUUUAGAAUACUUUAAUGAUAUUUUGGUCUCGGGGUCGGGAGCUGGUUCAAUAUAUAUUUGGUCUUCUUCAAAAAGAAUGAAGUCAUUAAUCUCGUCAGACUAA